UUCGUUCGAUCAACCACAAUUGCGAUCGAAAGCAAUCGCCAUUGCGUAUUUUUCCCCUCCUAGUCCAGCCGCAGUGUUCAGCUGCUUUAGAUUUAGCUGUUAAAUUUUGUUUGCUGGACUUAGUUUUUUUUUGCAAUGGAACGGUCUCGGUGUUGAUCGUUUCUGUGUCGUUAAGUACCGAUCGUCAACUGCAGCUUUCGUUGGUCGAUCGAAAGAUCGGUAUUUCCGCCCGUUCCGCUUGCUGUGCAUGACUAGUUUAGUGUAUUACAAGCAUGUUCGAACAGUGACUUUGAAAGCAUAAAUUGGUUUUACUUAGCUAACUUUAAAUUUGCUAGUAAACGACAAUAACAUAUUUUAAGAGCAAAAACAACCGCUAUUGUCGGGAAACGAUCAUGUUACGAUCGAGUAGUGUGAUCGUACGAUUGAUCACGGUCGGUGGAUUGAUUUGUUUUGCGUUGAUGAUCGUCGAAGCGGCUCGCAAGGGGUCUUCUUCCAAGGUCACUACCGCCUCCUGCACUAAGGAGGAGUUUCAGUGCGAUAGCGGAACGUGCAUUCCGAAGGCGAGUCGCUGCAACGGCAAUAAGGAUUGUACCGAUGGCAGCGACGAGCGUGGCUGUGAUUAUUUCCUGUGUCGUGAGCCGAUGUGGUACCGGUGUAAGCACGAUAAUAGCUGCAUAAGUGCGUCGUUCCUGUGCGACAAACAUGACGAUUGUCCGCUAGGAGAUGACGAAGAAAACUGCGAAGGUUUUGAAGUACCGCACGUUCCGGUCCCGUGCAGUAAGUUUGAGUUUACCUGUACGGAUAAGAUGUGUAUUCCGGUGGAUCUGGUGUGUGACGGUGUGGAGCAUUGUUUGGACGGAUCGGACGAAACAAUCGGCUGCAUGGAUAUCGAGAGUAAGUGCAAAGGAUUUCUGUGCAAAAACAAGCACUGCAUCAAAAGCCAUGAUUGGGUUUGCGACGGAAUUGACGACUGUGGGGAUGGCUCGGACGAGGAGAAUUGCUACGCUGCAUGUGAUUUGGAGCAUGGGAAGUACGAGUGUUCGGAUAAUCGCACCUGUAUCGAUCUGAAGAAAGUUUGCGACGGGACGGGUGAUUGUGGCGAUCGGAGUGAUGAGGGUGCGUUGUGCAACUCGAAGGGCUGCGAAGAACUGAAAUGUUCGGGAGGUUGUCAGAAUACACCGCAGGGAGCGGUUUGUCUGUGUGAAAAAGGCUUCGUUUUUAACAGGCUAACCAAAACUUGCGAAGAUAUCAACGAAUGCGAUCGUUAUGGGCUGUGCUCGCAGGGCUGUGAAAAUACUCCGGGAUCUUUUAACUGCACAUGUGUGAACAAGUUUAAACUGAGAAAAGAUGGGCGGACAUGUGAAUUGACUGACGCCACAGAAGCACUGCUACUGUACUCGACGCAAAAAUCCAUUGGCGGUUUAUAUCUAACAUCCAAACAUCAGUAUUACGUUGCAAAAGAUCUGUCCCAGGUGAUCGGCGUUAGUUACGAUGGUAGUCACGUGUACUGGACGGAUAUCUCCUUUAAAACUGAAUCAAUCGAGCGUGCCGAGGAAGAUGGAAGUAAACGAGAACUUCUGCUAACCUCUGGACUCGCAUCACCGGAAGAUUUGACUUUGGACUGGCUAACCGGCAACAUCUACUUCAGCGACAGUGGCCACAUGAUGAUAGCUGUAUGCUCGAACAAUGGAUUCCACUGUAAGAUGCUGAUUCAGGAAAAUCUUCAUAAGCCUCGAGGGAUUGCACUGCUCCCACAAAAAGGUAUCAUGUUUUAUUCCGAUUGGGGCGUCAAAGCGAUGAUUGAGACUGCCAGCAUGGACGGUACGAACAAGCGGACGCUGAUCGACAAGGACAUUCAUUGGCCGAACGGGUUGUGUUUGGACUGGCCGAACGAACGGCUCUACUGGGUUGAUGCGAAACUGAAGAAAAUCGAAAGCGUUCGGCUGGACGGUAGUCAACGGAAAACAGUAAUCGGCGACGUGGUCAAACAUCCCUUCUCGAUUUCAAUCUUCAACGAUCGGAUCUACUGGUCCGAUUGGGAUACCAAAAGCAUUCAAUCGUGCGACAAAUUUAACGGAAAGGAUCGCAAGAUGCUGGUUCACGAUCGGCAGAUUUUCGAUGUGCAUGUUUAUCAUUCGAGUUUCCAACCGAAGGGUGAACAUGCCUGCCUUGGUCACACCUGCUCACAUCUUUGCCUAUUGACCCCGAACAACAGCUACAGCUGUGGCUGUCCAUACGGAAUGGCCUUGAAACCGGACAAACAUUCCUGUCAGGAAACGGUCAAGCGACAGUAUCUUCUCAUGGGCAUAGGAAACUAUCUAGUUCGCUUGGAUAUUCCUGCAUUUGGUCGACACGAAACCAGUAAAAGUGACGCCUUCCAGUUCACGAUCAGCCGAAUGGUGUUCAACUCGAUCACCGGUGAACUGUUCGUCGCCGACAACACCCAGAAAGCGAUCUUCACCGUGGACAUCAAAGCGAAAACAUCCCGCAAAUUGAUCAGCACCGGAAUCGGAAACAUAUCGGCACUAGCCUUCGAUUAUCUCGGCAACAACCUGUACUGGGCGGACAGCGAGCGUAGCACGAUCGAAGUUUUCUCCCUGCAAACCCAUCAUCGUUCCAUAAUCCAGCACUAUCUCGGUACGGAGUUUCCGGUCGGCUUGGCCAUCGUGCCGGAAAUCGGUAAAAUGUUCAUCGCCCUUCGUUCGGCUCCACCGGAUCCGCACACCCACAUCGACCGGCAGGAUAUGACCGGACGUGGUCUGCACAAUCACAUCAUCGAAGAGAAACUCAGCGGCAAUGGAACGCUCCAUUUUGUGGUCGAUCGCGAUCUACGGUCGAUCUACUGGAACGAUAUGGGACUGAGCCGCAUCGAGUUCACCAGUUACGAAGGUGACACGCGCAAUCUGUUCCGGGAGUUCCUUCGCAUGCCCGUCUCGAUCGCAAUCGUGGAGGAUAAUCUGUUUUGGACCUGCUACCGAUCCCGGCGACUGUACUGGUCCGACAAGCACAAUCUGGGCCUGACGAAGAAAAUUAACAUUGAAAAGCCACCGUUCGGUAUGUUCCCGGAUGAAGUUGUACUGCUGGCUAGUCAAACACUGCAACGGUACGAUCACCCGUGCCAGAAGCAGAACGGCGGAUGUUCGCACAUUUGCAUUGCCGCCGGGAUGUACGCCAGUGCGUGUAUUUGUCCAACCGGGAUGGUGUUUAAUUCGCCGAAGAACACCACCUGCAUCGAUGCGAUCGAUUGUGAGUUCCGGUGCACGAGUGGCGAAUGUUUGACCAUCAGUAAACGGUGCAACGGGAACAAGGACUGUGCGGAUGGGUCGGAUGAGAAGGGCUGCGAUGAACGGGAUAGAGCGGCCAGUUUGGAGUGUAGAUUUGAUCAGUUCAUGUGUGCCGAUCGGAGUAAGUGUAUCGAUCAGAAGUUUCGAUGUGACAAGCAUAACGAUUGUCCGGAUCGAUCGGACGAAAAGAACUGCGAGGGUUACGACGCUGGUAAGGGAUGUCAUGAGAAUCAACAUGCCUGUCCGGAUGGGCUGUGUAUUGAUUUGAAUGCAUUGUGCGAUGGAUUCCCCGAUUGUUCGGACGGAUCGGACGAAAAGGAUUGUACCAAUUUGAACAAUGAGAAACACAAUGCGACUACCUGUGGACCAUUGCAGUUCCGAUGCAGUUCUGGGCAGUGUAUUCCGAAGUGGUGGGAAUGCGAUGGCCAUCCGGACUGUACCGACGGUUCCGACGAACACGGGAAGUGUUCGACGAAGGCUGAGUGCGCGAAAGGAUUCACGAAGUGUGCUCUGGGCCACUGCAUUGAGGAUCGGUUCGUGUGCGAUGGAAACGAUGAUUGCGGAGAUAAUUCCGAUGAACGGAACUGCACAGUUGAAGCGGAACCGUGCCUUGGCUUCGACGACGAAAAACCUACGAAGUUUCUUUGUUCCCGUUCGGGGAAAUGUUUGGAUAUUGCGGUUCGGUGCAAUGGAACUUCGGAGUGCCCGAAUGGGGAGGAUGAAGCCGAUUGUACCAAUUGUGGCAUACAUGAAUUCCAGUGCAAGAGUGGAACGUGCAUUCGAAAAGAAUGGCAGUGCGACAAGGAAGUGGACUGUGAUGACGGCAGUGACGAGGUGGACUGCGUGAACGGAACCGUCGGAAGGGACAAACAUUUCUACAUCGCAUGUGGUGAGGGUUCGUUUGAGUGCAGUCCGGGAGUGUGUAUUCCUAUGAACAAAGUUUGCGACGAAAAGAAGGAUUGUACGGAUGGAAAGGACGAAGGAAAAGGUUGUGCGGAUGCGUGUUUGAGAAAUCCUUGCGAACAGAAGUGCAUAAAAACACCGAGCGGUCCGGUUUGUGAUUGUCGGCUGGGCUUUACCUUGGCGGGAAAUAGAAAAUCUUGUCUGGAUGUUGACGAGUGCAAAGAGGGCAAACCUUGUGCUCAGAUUUGUCGGAACACGCGGGGAUCGUUCCGUUGUUCUUGUAACCCAGGAUUUAUGCUUCGUUCCGAUAAAAUUUCCUGCAAAGCCGUUGGACCAAAUCGAUACGUACUGUACACUUCGUUCAAUCAAAUUCGGAAGCUUGAAGUGACACCUCCUUCGAUUCGGGUUCUCCUGCAAACCAACGAAUCCAGUAUUAUCGAUAUGGAUGUAGACGUCCGUCGUCAGAUGCUCUACUAUACCGACGAGUAUAACCCAGUAAUCUACGAAUAUGACCUGGCCCGGAAUACCACUCUAACGCUGCGUAACGUGGGUCAUCCGAAUCAUCUGGCGGUCGACUGGAUCACCGGAAAUUUGUACUUCUUCGACCAUUCCGAACCAUCGAUCAAGCUGUGCUCCAUUCAACGGCAAACUUGCGCCAGAAUCAUAACGUUCCCGGCUCAAGUGCUGAUCAAGGCACUAACCGUCGAUCCCAUCAACCAUGUUCUGUUCUACGCACAGAUGCAUUUCUGGAUCUUCGAGAUACCUCACUCCAUCAUAUAUCGGGCCAAUCUGGAUGGAUCUCAUCAGCAAAUUGUCACCAAGAAUGUACCUCACGUAACCGCACUUGAAUGUGACACCGAAAACCGGAUACUGUACAUCGCCGACUUGAACACAAAAUCGAUUAAAAUGGUCGAUUACGAUGGAAAGAAUCUCCGGACGGUGAUCGAGAAGCAAACCGUAGCAAUCAAUCAACCGAUCGGAUUAACGCUGUAUGAAAACCAAGCCUUGGUUCUGAACAUGGCAUCGUCCACCGUAGGGCAAUGCAAACUGUACGGUGAUUACGAGUGCAAACUUCUAGAACUGAACGUACACAACUCCAACCAACUGCUGAUCGUUCAACAAUCGCGCCAACCGAUGGUUGAAAAUGUCUGUGAUGCAAAAAAAAUUAACUGUAGUCUUAUAUGUAUAUCGUCCGAAAAUGGAGGCAAAUGCAUUUGCCAAAACGGCGAGCAGGUUCGUGAGGGAGAAAAAUGUCCCCAAACAUCCGACCUGAAGCCACUGAUCCAUCCACAUCAUCGAACUCCCAUCGAAUCUCUGUCGGAUCCGGGCGGCGAUCAGUCAGCAGGUUCGUCUUUUGCCAAAGUGUUCGUAACACUGAUACUGGUAGCGCUACUGGUCGGUUCCGCCGGAUAUUACUACAAGCGUCGCUACAGCCGGAAGUUCAACGUCGGUAUGCACUUUCACAAUCCGGAACUGAGUACUCUGGAUGCGGCGCAGGUUAAAAUGUUCCAGGGUGCUCCACCGAAGCUAAACGAAACGGCAACCCAUACGGAGUUGACACUGGAAACGUCACCACCGCGGCUUCACGGAGCGAUCGGUGGUUGCGGUGGUACCUUCAUCAGCCCAGCUGGAACCGAACCCAGCUUGAACAGCACCGAAAUUACGUCCCGUCAGUUCGACGUGACCACCACGGCAAUGGAACUGGAGGCCAUGUCCGAUGCCGACUCGAUGAAGGAUGCGUACUCCUGCGAAGAUGAUCCCAAACAGAGAUUGAUCAUGUGAUGACCGCCCCCUCGAAGAAAGGUCAUUUAGUUUAUGUACAAAUGGUUUUGUAGUUAUUAGUAGAUAGUUUUGUAGUGUGUAGUGAUGUUUUGUUAUUUGAUUACGCCAAAUAGAAUUGUUAAUUGUGCAAUGUGAAA